UACAUAUAGAAUUAGACGAGCAAUUGAAGUUUCCAAUGGACUCCGACAAACAAGGAUUAAAAAAUUGGUCGUCUGGCAAUUAUUCCGUCAGUCAAAACACCCGCUCUAACCGACCUAGCGGAGCCAGUGAAGAGAGUCAUGCCAGCAAGGAAGCAACAGUGAAUACAUCUAGAGGGCAACGUGACGGCAACAGACCUGCACCCAAUACGUCAAACAGUAUUCUAAGCGAAUUCGCACAUCUUCGCCAACGUGGCAGCCUUCGUGGCAAGUCAUAUUGGCGCAAUGUCAUUGAAGAGUUGGAGUACGCUGUACACUGCAUUUCCCAGCCACGCUUACCAGUAAUCGACUAUUCAUUAGUCCUGCCACCACAUCUGCGCGAGCGCGUGAAGCAGAUACAAUCCUACGACUUCUCAAAUUCAGACGAUGUGGUUUUUAUUCGGGAUGAAAUGCGCAAAGAACGGCCACCUGAUUAUCAGAUAGACAGUGAGCUGGCUAGCGGAGAUGAACAACAGAAAGCGGACCAGCUCAUAACGGGCGGAGGGCGAAAAAAAGUGGAAGAGCACUUUAAUGAAAGCCAACACUCGGAUAUAGUUCGCAUGGAUAAUGAGUUUGAGAAAUUCGACCUUAGAUUAGAUGAGCCAGUGGGUCACACGCAUCACAGUGUUGACAAGACAAGUUGGUAUGCGAAGUUUCUGUGCGCCACACGGGACGAGCGUGUUUGCUGGGACUCGCGAGUGGAACGGUCCAAGCCGGGAGAUUGCGUGUAUACGCUUGAUGAGCAGGCAGAGAACCUGAUGGAUGCGUCUGCAGAACGUUUUAUUCACUGGCUCAACUCAAUCGGUACAAUGGACACCUCCAUGACGCCAGAGAAGGUUAAGAAUUUAUUUUCAAUCAAAGGCGAUCGAACGCUUUUGGCAUCAGUCAAAACAGACCCAAAAGAAGUUAAUGCCAUAGCAAAAACAGUAGCCGACAAAUGGAACAAGCCACAUAUGGCGAUUGAGCUCAAGUACGAAAAGCACAUUAAUGACCAUGCAAUGCGUGUUCCACAAAAGCUGAUCCUUAGCGCCUUUGGUCGAACUGUACCACUUAAGGAACGACCAUGGGUUAGACGAUCGGGUGAUACGGUCAUCGAUACAGUCUAUCCCAACGAUCUGCUGACGCGCGAAAAAAUAUUUAAAGGCAUUACUCACCUUCGCAGCACCACGGCUCUGAUUGAUUUUUAUUUACGUAAUCCAGCAUUGCCUAGACCUCUAUAUUUACUGGAUGGUGGUGACUUCCACCAAAUGAACACUAGCGAAUCUGUAACGGAAAUACCCCUUUACGAACUUUUGGGUCUACGGUAUUAGAAACGACUGAACCUUCUUAUUACUUUCGCUUAUUACAAUUUCGAGCGUUUUUCUAAAUCAAUCAAAAUCAUAUAAAUUCAUAGUUCGAUAUGAGCUGAAAUAUAUUAACAAAUGUUCUACCAAAAUUAGCAUUUAAGAAAACAAAUUGUAUUCCAAAGAACAAUAAAAAAAAUGAUC